AUGGAAAACUCUGCUGGUUUCAUCAACUCUAUGCCUUUCUUGGCUGCUAUGGCCUUCAGGUACGACCUAAUUAAUGACUACUACAAAGUGAUUAGGGUUGUGCAGUUCUAUAGAAAUUUUGAUGAGAUAAGGGCCUUUGAAGUCAAGGUAUAUAGUCUGAGUACGCAUUCUUGGACGAGGGUUGAAGAGGAAUGGCCUAAAGAGUCCCGUCCUUAUUCGAGCUCGGCUUCCUUAAACGGUGCUUUCCAUUGGUUGGUUACUCUGAGUGGGCUCCCGAUCACCUCAUCCGCCCUUUUGGCUUUCGAUCUAGCCACCAAGAAGUUCAGGGAGUAUACGAUCCUAGUUCAAUUGGAUGAAGAUUCAGUGGUCGGUUUUGUGGUCUUGAGAGGAUGUAUAUGUAUUUGUACGAAUGUCUAUGUUACACUGAAAGAUGUUUGGGUGAUCAAGGAGUACGGGGUAGACAACACUUGGACUCGGCUUUACACCAUUAUUCUAGAUGCAGUGUCUUGGCCUCUUGAGUACUGUAAGCCUUUGGUGUGCUCCAAAGAUGGAAAGAAGGUUCUGAUGGAGCAGUAUGACGAGUGUCUCUUUUGGUAUGACAUAGAGGAGAGAAGGAGCAUGCGGGUUCUGCUUCUUCGUAUGUCUGAUUCGUUUGCGACGACCAUUUGUGUGGGAAGCUUUGUUCUUCUUGAGGUGAUAUCGAAUAAUAAUACACCAGAGCUUGAGGGCCUUAAUCUGUUGGUGGAAGCGAUGGAGAAAGUAGCAUUUUGA